AUGCGCGCGCAGUCUCCGCUCCCUCUCCUCACCGCAGUCCUCGCCGCCGCCUCCCUCCUUUCCCGCGCCGCCGCCCAGAACCUCUCCGCCGCCCAGCUCGCCGCCGUCAAAGACAACCUCUGGCUCGCAGCACAGCAGACCUGGGAACUCGGCACCGAGUCCGAGGCCCUCCUCGAGUCCGACGCGCCCGCCUACGCCGUCUUCUUCAACUCGUCCCUCCCCCCGCCCGCCGGCAACUCGUCCCUCCCCGACCCCUACUCCUACGCCGCCCUCGCACCCGUCCUCCAGAUCGCGGAGAAUGCCGCCGCGAACCGCUCCAACUCUACCGGGCCCCAGCCUGUCAUGUACGUCGACGGCGCCGCCGCCGGCGACCCCGCCUCCCUCGGCGUCGCCAUCCUCCUCGCCAACUGGACCGGCGCGCCCGACCCCGAGCUCGACCGCCCGCUGAACGCAAGCAGCCCCCACGGCGUCAGCUUUGGCAGGGGCGUCACGUACGCGCGCGCCGCGGCCGAGCAACUCGAGUACCUCCUCACCGUCGUGCCCCGCACCGACGACGGCGCGAUCAGCCACCGCGUCGAGCAAGUCCAGCUCUGGGCCGACUUCACGUACAUGGUGCCCCCCUUCCUCGCAUACUACGGCGUCCUCUCCGCCAACCAGUCCCUCCUGCAGGAGGCUUAUACCCAGAUCAAGCUAUACCGAUCCCACCUUUUCGACGACGACGAGGGCCUCUGGCGGCACAUCCUGAUGGGGCACACGAAUGUCGACCCGGGCUUCUGGUCGACAGGGAACGCGUGGGCCGCAGCCGGCAUGACCCGCGUCCUCGCCACGAUCCAGCGCUCGCCGUGGGCCAGCAGCAUGGACGCCGAGAUGGCCGACCUCACGAGCUGGAUCCUCGAGAUCCACGACGGCAUGUACCGCUACCUGGCAGACUCCGACUCCUCCCUCUUCCACAACUACGCCAACGAGACAAAGUCCACCGACACCGGCAGCUCCUUCCUCGACGCCUCCUCCACCACCCUCCUCGCCAGCACCGUCUACCGCCUCGCCCUCCUCCAGGGCAUCCACUCCCACGUCCCCCACGCAGAAAAGUCCCGCAAGGCCCUCUCCGCCCCCGCCGACGCCAACGCAACCGCGACCUCGAGCUACAGCCUGCCCACCCCGAGCGCGGACGCCGGCGCCGGCCUCUCGCACUUCUCCCCCCAGAUGUGGCUCACCCCCGUCGUCGACCCCUACAACUGGGCCGCCCAGGGCGGGAGCUCCCCCGAGGGCCAGGCCUUCGUCGUCGAGCUCGACGCCGCGUGGAGGGACUGGGUCCAGGUCGGCGCGCCGGGCGUCAACGCUGCCGUCCGCCUUGGGCCGGCGGGCGGCGCGUGGGGCGCGGUCGGUGCUGUCGUGCUCGGGGCGGCGGUGCUCGUUUGGUGA